UUUGUUUUCGUGACAGAACUACGUAAUCCACAUGCGACGAAGUUCUGCCGCGCAUCUCAAAAUGACUUUUUACGUUCAUGAGUAGCUUUAAAUUUUUUAUGUACCAUUCUGUGGACGAUAAUGUUGUGUGAAGUUACCGUCUGAUAUUCUACGCUGUGAUGACACAAUCCGUAGUUGUACAAGUUGGACAGUGUGGCAACCAAGUGGGCUGCAGGUUUUGGGAUCUUGCCUUGCGGGAGCAUUCCCAUGUCAACAAAACAGGAAUCUAUGAUGAGGCUCUGAGCAGUUUCUUCCGGAAUGUUGACUCCAGGAGAAGCCACGCUGGGGCUUGUGACGUGGUCGGUGGCAGGAUCCAAUCCCUGAAGGCCAGGGCGGUGCUGGUGGACAUGGAGGAGGGUGUGGUCAAUGAGAUCCUACAAGGCCCGCUGAGAGAGGUGUUUGACAGCACGCAGCUCAUCACGGACGUGUCCGGGUCUGGCAACAACUGGGCAGUGGGCCACUGGACAUAUGGCUCCGCCUACAAGGAAGUGAUUGUGGACCAGCUGAGGAAGACAGCAGAACAUUGUGACUGCCUGCAGAGCUUCUUCCUCAUUCACUCAAUGGGUGGAGGAACUGGGUCCGGCCUGGGCACAUGUGUGUUGAAGCUUCUUGAGGAGGAGUUCCCGGAGGUGUGCCGCAUCGUGGCCUCGGUCUACCCCUCGGCGGAGGACGAUGUCGUCACGUCCCCCUACAACAGUGUCCUGGCCAUGCGGGAGCUGACGGAGCACGCAGACUGCGUCCUACCCGUGGAGAAUCAGUCGUUGGUGGACAUUGUGAACAAGAUCAAGCACAUGUCCUACAGUGGGAACCCGGGUUCAAUGAUCAAGAAGGACACGGCCAUCAUUUCAGGCCGGGGGGGGGUCAGUGGAGCCCAGAAGCCCUUCGAUGCCAUGAAUAACAUCAUAGCGAACCUGCUGCUCAAUAUCACCAGUUCAGCUCGUUUUGAGGGAUCCCUCAACAUGGACCUGAAUGAGAUUGCCAUGAACUUGGUGCCCUUUCCUCGACUGCACUACCUGGUGUCCAGCCUCACCCCUCUCUACACUCUGUCUGACGUCAGCAUCCCCACCAGAAGGCUCGACCAGAUGUUCACAGAUGCCUUCAGUAAAGACCACCAGCUGAUCCGGGCGGACCCCAAACACAGCCUCUACCUGGCCUGUGCCCUCAUGGUUCGGGGCAACGUGCAAGUGUCUGACCUGCGCAGGAACAUUGAGAGACUGAGGCCCACGCUGCCCUUUGUGUCUUGGAAUCAGGAGGGCUGGAAGACCGGCCUGUGUGGCGUGCCCCCGGUGGGUCACUCCCACUCCCUACUGGCCCUGGCCAACAACACCUGUGUCAAGUCGACCUUCAUGGAGCUCAGGGACCGCUUCGCCAAGCUCUAUCGCAAGAAGGCUCACUUACAUCACUACCUGCUUGUGGAUGGAAUGGAGCAGGGCUGCUUCACGGAGGCCAGCACCUCCCUCUCCUCCCUGAUAGAGGAGUACACUCAGUUGGAUGCUACCAAGACCAGGAUGAUUCCUGACCCUACCAGACUAAACAUUGCAACCUGAAUGUUCCUCUCUGUGAGUGUAUUACUCCUGGCAGACUUUAUACUGUGUAUAUAUAGGACUGUGUGUGAGUGAGGUAAUGUAAUGAGUUAGGGUAAGUUAUUGUGUGGGUGUGGUAAUGUGGGUGUGAGCAAAGCACUUUUGUUUCUAAUUGAAAAUUGCACUGUAAUUUGACUGAUCAUUUGCUUAUUUGUGUUUAUUAAACAACAGGUUUCUCACA